GCAAAUUAACAGAUGUGCAUGGGGAGGUGCCUGGUCGGCCUCCCGUUUUGUACCUGCUACCUGGCUUCUUACCUCACGAACAAGUAUGUCCUGUCUGUCUUGAAAUUUACCUACCCUACAUUAUUCCAAGGGUGUCAGACAUUAAUUGGUGGACUUUUGCUUCAUGUGUCAUGGAACGGCUGGGCGGAGAUCAACAGCAGUUCAAGAUCUGAUGUUUUGACAUGGCUUCCUGCUUCAGUGCUGUUUGUGGGUAUCAUCUGUGCUGGGUCCAGAGCACUGUCCAGACUGGCCAUUCCUGUGUUUCUCAUUUUGCAUAAUGUAGCCGAAGUUAUCAUCUGUGGGCACCAGAAGUGUUUUCAGAAAGAGAAAACAUCUCCUGCAAAGAUCUGUAGUGCCCUCUUCCUCCUGGCUGCCGCAGGGUGCCUGCUCUUCAGCAACUCCCAGUUUGAUCCAGAUGGUUAUUUCUGGGCUGUAAUUCACUUAUCCUGCAUAGGGGCUUAUAAGAUACUACAGAAAUCCCAGAGAACCAACGUGUUAAGUGACAAUGACCAGCAGUACUUAAACUAUCUAUUCAGUGUGGUGCUCCUGGCAUUUGCAUCUCACCCCACAGGUGAUCUCCUCAGCGUCCUGGACUUUCCGUUCCUGUAUUUCUAUAGAUUCCAUGGCAGCUGCUGUGCCAGUGGAUUUUUAGGAUUCUUACUCAUGUUCAGCACAGUGAAGCUAAAAAGCCUUAUGACCCCAGAGCAGUGUGUAGCCUGGAUUUUCUUUGCUAAGGGACUUCCCUGGUGGCGCAGUGGUUAA